GGGCGGCGAACGGCGACGGGUAGUUGAUGAAACUGUGGCGACGAGGGAGAGAAGGGUGGGAGGGGAGGGAUAGGGAGGGCGCUUCUUGUGCUUUCUCUGCAAACACUGGUCGUUGAUUGGAAUCGACGACUCUAGGAGCCAAAGUUAGGUAGAGAGUGAGGAGAGCAGUGAGGACGACGACUGCGAGCGAGGGAGAGAGUUAAAUAGAGGGAGGGAGGGAGGGAGAGCGGAGCUAGGACGAGGAGGAGGUGUGCUCACUGUUACUGCUGCCCCCUCUUGUGCAGCAGAUGUCGUCAACAGAGGCGUUGUCGACUGUGAUCGACUCAGCCGCCUCCUCCGCCCCGUUGAAGUUCAAACGCAGUGCCGGUAGCCCUUCCCGUCUAAGAGCUUUCGGGGUGAUGAAGGAGGGGGGUGGAGCGGAAGAGGGAGGACGAUCAGCCAUCGCCUAUUCCAGCAAGUACCAGAAAGGGCUAGGGGGAACGGUCGUCGAGCGUUCCACAGAAGUGUCGGCAUCGGCGCGCAGUGACGCGGAUGGAGGUGGUGGCAGUCGGGAUGCUGACGUCAUAGUGUUGUCAGUGGGUGGAGGGGGGGGAGGAGGAGGAGGGGAGAAAGGAGGGGAGAAAGGAGUAACGCAGAGUACUAGAGAGGGAAGGGAUGGCAGAGGAGCGAACAGAAUUAGCAGGCUUGGGAGAGAAGGCAGCGGGGGGGGAGUGGGGAGAGGAGGACUGGGACGAGGGACCCCCACUGGGCGGCCCGUAGAGAAAGAUGAUGACGUGGGUCAUGUGCGGGCUUCGGAUAAUCAAGGCGGCGUCAGUCUGAGGAAUGCCUCUGGCGAUGCAUGCGGCAGCGAAGAGGAUGAUUCGACAACGAAUGUAAUGGCUGCCUCACGGGGAGCCUCGUCAGCUUCUGAGGCGGAGCCGAUUGUCGGGGCGGGCAAUAGGCGCUGCUACCGCUCCACGCUGGACUCUUUAUCUCCUGAACUGAAAGCGGCGAUUUUCAAAUACUUACCCGUUCCAGAUCUAUGUCGUAUGUCAGAGGUUAAUCGAUACUACAGAAGACUCUGCUCCAGCGACCCACUAUGGGAAUGGCGUGCUGUAAAGAUGGGUGUAUGCAAAGCCGCGGAGGAAAGGAGCUGGAUGUGGAACUACAUGGCGGCGGUGCUGGGUGUCAUUCAUGCUAAAACGUUUGAUGACUCAAAUUCUGAUCGAAUGGUUGAGCUGAGAGGCGAUAUCUGGAUUGGUGACCCUGUCCACAUAUUCUUCACAGGCGAGGCCAACAAAAACCGAUGGAAGAAUGAGUUUCUUCGCAUCCUGGAUGCACUUGAUAACUCAGACGUCAUUCUGACGUACAGGGGGAUAGCAUCAGGGGUGAUCCAGACGAGGUGGGGGGAGGGUGCGUAUCCAGCGACACGGAGAAGGAAGCACCUUGGCGACAUCUUCAGUAGCUCGGGCCUCAUAGCAGUUGUACCAAGACCUCUUCUACGCAUCCUUGAGCGGGAAAAUGGGAAGCCGACGCCCGAAAAAUCGGGUAUUCUUGUCAGAGGUGUGAACGGAAGGAUAUGCACCAGUCGCGAUGGGGACUUCAUGAUUACAGCCAAUAACCCUGCCAAAGGUGUCGUCCAGCAGAUCGGUGACAAUUUGGAAAUGCAUGUCUGCGUUGAUGUCCUCGUCACGACAGGUGGAUUUUGGACAGUUGAUAGUGAUGACGAUGAUGACGAUGACGAGGACAAUGAGGACUACGAUGCUUUUGCUGAUUCGAGCGAUGAGUUAUUGUAUGGUCCAGGAGGGGCUGGGGCUGGCAGUGGAUGCGGGGAAGGACCGGCCAGUGAGAAAGGUAGGUGCGAGGGGGCGAAGGAAGCAUCGAUGGAGCUCUGUCUCACCUCUCAAAGCGAGCAUCGUAGCCAUCUAUCUCCUUUUCCAAGGAGAGAAUUGCUCACUUGGAAGGGACACAAUGCUGGCUUGCAUUGUAACUGGCGCAGGGUGGAGGGCAGGGAGGCAGGGCUAGAGGAGCGCUCUGUCUCCUCUCACGGAAAGCGUCAUCAGCGACUCCCGGAAGAAGCGAAGGAGGGCUCUUAAGCAUUUGGAUUCUCCGCGUUGGCAGUUGGCAACCUCUAAGUGUUUGGCUUGUGUGUGUGUUGGUUAAGGAAGCUUCUCUCUGGGAGUGGGAACUGCCUUCUUGGUGUUGGUAUUUUGAAAGACCUCUCCAUGAAUUGCGUCCGGCAGCGCCCUACAUUUUUCUUUGCAAUUGGGAGGGCUGAUUGUCCAUUCUGUUGCUGGAAAAAAGGGGGUGGGAAUGGGGUGAAGAAUUUCAAUAAGCGGGAAUGCAGUUUUGCGUGUCACGUUCUGAAGGGACGCGGAGUCGCUACAGAUGAAGACUUCGGAAUGUACGGAAAAGUGUUGGCGGAGCGGGGGAGCUAUAUCUUGAGAACGAAUGAGGGUCUCUUUGCCUGCGUUGGCUGUGGGGAAUCCUCUGGCUUGUUUUGGUCUCUUCAGGAAUGUAGCAAAUCAACGGCAAUGUGUUUGCACAUGUUUGAGGAGCACUGUAGUAUGCCCUGAUCUAUGUUCUUUCAACAUCAUGAAUCUACUGCGAAUAACGCCUAUUGUUCACUCUGUAACGGAGAGUGUACGUACUACCAGAGGAAUACCUGGGUUCGAUACAGGGCAGAGGAGGAGAGGAGGGGGGGGGGGGGGGGGGGGACGGCGACGUGUAGAGUGCGGUGGAGAUUGAACGUGGAAGGGUAGGGUUUGGUGAGGAAUGGAAUACGUGUGUGUGAUGAUGGAACUGGGAGACCACAGGGGUAAAUGGAGCACAGACUGACUGGGUUAUAGGACUGAAGGCACCGCUUAUGGGAUGGACAUGCUGACAGCUGCUCUCCUCUCUCUCUCUUUCGAAGUCGUUCGUUUUGCCUCCAUGGCUGUGCUUCCCUCUGUCUUCACACUCUGCCGCUGCUCUUUUUCCAUUGGAUGUAUAGUUCUGAGAGGGGCCUGGCAGCGGGGUAAAGAAACUUGUACGAUGUAUUGCUAAGGCCAAACGAGGCAGGAGUUGUUGUCCCUAGUCCUGGCAUGAGUGCUAUGCGUCUAUGCCACUUGUGAAACCUGCUGUAAGCUCUUCCGAGUACAGUGAGCCGAAAGGGUUCAUUUGCGUCUUCUUCCCGAGAGAGAGGGGGAUAGGCUGCUGCUUCCGAUAAAAUUGUAUUUCAUUGUUUUGAUCAUUUUGCUCCUUCCAGGCUGUUGUUGUGAUAAUCGAACCUUUUACAAAACCCCUUCCUUCUGAGAGAGAGAGAGAGAGAGAGAGAGAGAGAGAGAGAGAGAGAGAGGCCGCUGCUGCCGAGCACAUGCAUCCUGUCAUUGUGAUCGUCUAUCCUUCAAAACAUGCCAUCCGCUGCUGCCGAGCACACGCAUCCCGUCAUUGUGAUCGUCUAUCCUUCAAAAACAUGCCAUUGUUGUGAUAACCAAGCAUUCGUACAAUGUCCAUGGCAUCGUCUCAAUGUCCCAAUUUAGCACAUUCAGCAAUUCUUUUUCUCCUUUAUCCUGGAGAAGUAAACUUCGACAUAGGUUUUCUUGAAGAGAGCCCUGGCCCGAGCCAACUUUAAUGCCCACUUUUCUCAGCCAAAGACUCAAUAAUAAGGUUGGGCUGUAGUGCUGCUCCAUUUGGCUGAAGGUCUCCCACCCAUUAUGUGCUUCUGUCCGUUUUCUUUAUUCCACCCGUUUAUAUGUGGUUCUGAUUUUCCUCCUUUUAUGAUUUUGUAGGGUUGCAAUAAUUGGACUAGGAACGACGUAGGAUCAACCCCGUUGGUACAGGCUUUUUCCUGCCUUGCGCGCGCAUGCAACUGCUGAUUAGAAUACACUAGCUACUCCACCGACUUUUUUUGUUCGCUGUGGAUUGAUGUUCGGUGCUGCCUUCCUAAUAUUGGCGGAUGUCGUCUUGAAGAAACCUGCGCUUGAGAUCUUCUACUGGAUCCCACUACUAGUGGAUCCACAGCUGACUAGUUAGCUGCAGCCCUCUGGUAUCACAUACUUCUAGUGGACCAAGAGUGUCUGCGGUCUUCAAGUAGAUCUCUCUCCUCUUGAAGAAACCUGUGCUUCAGUUAUCAGGUGGUGCAUCCUCAUCUCAGUUGGCCAGGGAGUUCGAUUUGUCAUCGCAGUGGCUGAUGGCAACAGUUUGGUUCUGCUGGCGAUACGUGCAGCGUCGCGAUAGCUGUGUACUCCUGCUGGUGAUACGUGCAGCGUCGCGAAGGCGACAGUUUGGUUCUGACGCAUCGUUGUGUCGCCGGAAGCUACGUUGAAGGAAAAGAGUCUUUGAAGGCGGAGGGAGGAGGUAAGCCGACCACGUGUUCCGUUUCAACACUUGUUGGGGGAAUCAUGGUAUGCAGUUGAAGAACAUUCGGAAUGCAUUUCGCUCAAAAAGCCUAUCUGGCAUCUUUUGAAAGAAGAGGGAGAAGGGCUGUAACUACUCUGGUGGAGAAGGCAUCCAUUGUCCCAGGACCCGGCGGACCAAAGGUCUUUGGUCAAUAAAGUUACGUGUGCCUACUGGAAAGGCAGGAGAAGCGGUGACCGGAAAUGGCGAUACGAAUGUGUGGGCUGGCUUUUAUGUGGAGGGGGGGGGUGUUUGGCUGAAUAUUGCAAAAAGGACGGUUGCGAAACACGCGGUUAGAUAUGUACGGUGAGGAAAUGUGAACAAGUUAGGAACAGAUGUACGCUGAGACACAAGCGAAGGGCUCUUUCAUGUGGCGAGGGAGGGGGUUGCUCUGGGUGAGUUCGAGCUCAAUACUAUCGACCUGAGUAGCUUUCUGCUUCCUUCGAUCGUCUGUGAAGUGGUGUAUGUGAAGUGGUGUAUGAUGUGCUGUGGUGGCCAAUAAAACAUUUCGUAGUCUAUACCAGUCUGAGGCUCGUUCCGAUUAUUAAUCAUCCUGGAACUAUUCUCUCAGGAGAUGUUGUGAAAACAAUUAUCAACUGGUAGUGUACUGCUCUCACAGAGAGAGAGAGAGAGAGAGAGAGAGAGAGAGAGAGAGAGAGAGAGAGAGAGAGAGAGAGAGAGAGAUGCGAGUGUGGUAGUGGUUCGCAUGAGAAGAUGGUUUUGUGCAUUUUGUA